CCCACACACACGCACACCCACGUUGCACGUUUUUAAUUGUAUAUUUUUGGCAGUGAUUGCCUUCCAUAUGAAUAGAAUCGCUAACGCACGCGCAGCAGCUCAGUCAGGAGGAGUUGACCUGAAAAUCGGAUCUUUAUAUGAAAUGAAUAAACAAUGGGCUUGAAUGCGUCAACAAUCCCUGGAGAUAAUGGAGGAAUUGUGUCAGAAUUGACAUCACCCUUAAAGGAAGACUGGAUAGUCCAGCAUGCAGAUGCAUGUGGAUUGACUACUAUUGAGGUGAAGAACAUGUGGAAGCGUUUUCAGCAGCUUGGCUGCAACCAGGAUGGGGUACUGUAUGCACAUUCUCUGCCAAUUGAUACUGUCACGGACCCCUUUGUCAGCAAGAUCUUCAAACAAUUUCCUAAAACAAAUGAGGGUGCUAUAACAUUCCAGACAUUUUGUGCUGCUUCAAAAUGGCUUUCAGACAAUUCAACAGAUGGAAAGAUUCGAGCUGUGUUUGCUAUUUUGAAUGAUGGGAAACCACUGGAUGAGAAUAUUUUGAUAGAAAUACUUUCUCAAGUAUAUUUGGAAGACAGCCAGCAAUCUGUGAAAAGAGCAGCUAAUGUCUUGCUGAAGCAAAUUGAUAAUGAUGGAAACGGUUUCAUUACCGAAGACCAGUUCGCUUCCUGGGUCACGACUCUCCCUCACGACACCUUAGCUGCCAUUCUUAACUUCACCACCAGUCAGCAAACUGAUAAGGAUGGCAUGUCAGCAUCCAGCACACCUGUAAAGACACCAGUUAAAAAGGUAGCACGGCCAACGUCUCUGAGUGGUCCGGUAGCCACCGACGAUCAGUUGAUGGCAGUGGCAAAGCAUGUGUAUGAUAAGGACUGGCUGCUGUUUGCCAACAAGUUAGGCUUCACACAGAUGGAAGUGAAAGAUCUGCAGGACAACUUUGUCACCAAAAGACAACAGGCUGAAGAGCUACUGAAAGAAUGGAAAAACGAUAAUGGUAUAGCUGCGACAGUGUCCUCAUUGAAACGAGCGUUAGUUGAAUCUGAUUUCGUGUCUGUAGCAGAAAUGUUGUAAGGAGCAAUGUAGAAACUAACUACGAGGUGAAUGGAACCAGAUAGGUUGUGUCAUGGUGACUGUUUUAUCUACCGGUGCUUUGUGGUCGUCCCAGAAGAUGAUGCGUAUUGUGCCAACUAUAUCCUAUAUUAUUAACCUGGUGUUGCUACUACUGAUUAAGUUCCAUGCAGUUAUACUUUUAAAGGGAAAUGCAUUUUAAUAUUUGUAAUAUAUAAAUUGGUGCUAUUUCUGUAUAUUUAAUAGUUUAGUAGGUUAAACAUAAUUAUUAUUUUGUUUAAUAACUCGAUAAACCUUUAAUAACAUUAAUAAAUAA